AUGCCGUCUUUUACCUGCUCUUGUCCUCCCAAUACUCCCACAACCGAGCAACCAUCACCUCUUUUCCCGCGUCAACAUCGCUGUCACAACGAGACGCCGGCUGCUGACGGCCUACUAGCCUUCGAGGGCCCCGCGGGCUCUGAGGAGGCUACAAGGAAGGCCCUGCUUUGGCUAGAACAGAGACUGUAUAGCAUGCCUAUCGUCCGCGGGUUCGAUGUCAGCGAUGACUCCAACGUCGAGGGGGACCAUGUCGAAAAACCACACGAGCUGCCUGCGAUGCAUGCUCGGAAUGAUUUGAUAUCUAGGAUCAAGGCUGAGCAGGUUACGAGAACAAGAUCAAGAUCACCUGACCGACAUGCAACCAUCUCUCCUCCGGAACAUGUUCAACAGCCGUUCUCGGACCCCCUACCAGAGCGCGAGCACUAUCGACGUCCAUCACAGUAUUUGUCGACGACACCGCCACUGUCUCGACCUCAGCAUACAGUCGUAUCGCCCUCAUUCCAGCAUCGAUCGUCCAUUUCGCAAUAUUACCCGAAACCACCGACGUCUCCUCUGGUACAUGCUACCACGUCUGCCUAUGGUUCUGAAGGUUCCGACCCGAUAGACAUUGGUUCAUCAGCGGAUACGUUUGAACUAGGCUCGCCUCGGUUGCCCUAUCACUCCUCACAUCGGCCUUCGCAUAGCUAUCGGCCGCAUUCGUUGGUCGGUAGUUUGGGCUUCUCAUAUAGCGCAAGCCCCGGUAAUGGCCUUCCUAUGGCGAGGUCUGGACGGAGGACAAGUGCAACUGCUUUGAACCACCACCAUGAAUUAUUCGGCAGUUUCGUUGGUUCAUACGAGGAAAGCAUCUUGAGUGGUCGCAUGUCGACCUUGCCAUCGAAGCCAUUAAAUUUCAUUGCACAAAUCGGUGUCCUUGGGCUGGGCAAAUGCAAAAGCUCACUUCGGUGCCCGCCACAUGUUACCAUACCAUUCCCAGCCUACUUCUACACUGUCCCCGAAUGUGAAGGCCCAAGCCCUUACGUAGGGCAGGUUGAUAUCGAGGCGGCUUUGACCGACAAGAAAAAGUUCCCAGGGGGCUACAGAAUUCCUCCGAGAGGCCAACUUCAGAUUGUGAUCAAGAACGCUAAUAACACUGCAGUGAAGCUAUUUUUGGUGCCGUACGAUGUUACGGACAUGCCGCCGGGCACGAGAACGUUCCUCAGGCAGAAGCAUUAUUCCAAAACAAAUCCGAUUGAUGAUGCACUUGCGUCUUCAUCUAACAAUGCUUCACUGAAACCGGACCAAGACAAAGAGACGUUGAGGUACGCGUUGCAUUUGCAUAUAUGCUCUCCAUCCAAGGACAAGUUUUACCUUUACAAGAAUAUACGCGUUGUUUUCGCAAAUCGCGUUCCCGACGGAAAGGAAAAACUCCGAGUUGAAGUGCAAUACUCCCAACCAAAGUACACGAAAUGGGUUCAAGGAGAUUACGGGAAACGAGUGGGCUUGAUGAAGGAGCUUCAAGAACGAAAUAGACCGGUGCUACACGUCGACACGAAGGGUGCAAACUGCGAGAGCAAUUCCCCUGCCGACAUGGGUUGGAGCAACUACUCUCCUACAAGAGUUGUUCCCUCACCUACAAGUGCGACGACCGGACGAAGCACGCCUGAAAGUAUGUUGGCUGUGAAGCUGAAGGGGUUGGAUGUUGGUUCUGGUGUGGAUGAACAAUCGAGAUAA